ACUACUUGCACUUUCAGUCCAUCUGACAAACGCAUCCUGGACCCUUUAAUUAGUUUCAUCUGCUGUUUACCUGUUAAUUAACCACUUUCACCCAGUAAUGCCUCUUAGUGAUGCCAGAUAGCAUUUUCAUCAUUUCCAAUCCAUGUAUCCCUCUAAAGUUCACAGUGGUUUUAAGUGGAGAGACAGACUUAUUUAAGAUGAUUUCUGAGGUUUAGAUUCAGAGAACUGAUGUGACACACCACAGUGUGUCUGAGGGAUGUGGCCACAGGCAGUAAAAUGUAAAUUAAGCAAAUUUUACCACAGAUAAACCAGCAAUUCUGUAGAAAUGACAGAAUUGCAUGCCAGCACAAAUGCAAUUUUUCUUUUUAAUAUUAAUUUAUGCAUUGAUGUUUUGAGUGCCAUGCAUUACUGUUUGAGCAACAGAAACACCAGAAAAUGAUUUAAAACAGGAGAUUGAACUGACUUGAGACGGUUGUGAAAUCAUAAAAAUAUCUGAUUUGACCAAAAGUGUCCACGGUAUGGAAGCCCAUUUUUGAAUGGAAGAAAGAAAAUCAUGUAAAUCAUUAUUAGGGACUUAUAACCAGGGCUCUGAACCGGUUCAAGGAACGAAAACAGGAAACGAAUUAAAUUUUGACCGGAACGUAACCAGAAACGGAAACUAAAUCAAAUUUAAUCGUUCUGAACAGAAAUGCUAAUUUGAAAUGGCCAUUAACCAGUUAAUAACGUUAUUUUAUCGUUCUGUUUAAUAUUUUGACAUGGCAGUCAACCAAUCACAAAUUCAAAUAGUACAGCCUAUGCAAAUGUGACACCGACGUAUCCAACGUGAGUGAAAUGCCCGCGCUGACACGCUCAGGCUCAGCUGUCAAGUCAUCAUAGGUUAGGUAAGUCACAACGGCAAUGCCCUGGCAUUAGUUUUUCCGAUGAUAUAUGUCUACAUUUAAGUGAAAAUGAAUGUCAAGUAAUAUGCAGCUUGUUGUGCGUUUUGAAACCAGUGAAAAUAGCAGGAUAUAGAACAUAAGUCCACACAACAUCACAUCAUGCACAUGCAGUGCUUCUGUGAAUGGAGAAAACAGAAUAAAACUAUAGGCCUAUAUAUAUAAAAUAAAAGGGAAUAUUUAGGCCUAUAGGCUACGUGAAAUAUUUCACUUAAAUAAUUAGGUAUACGAAAGUGGUUCAUUGUGGUGCACUAUAAAGAUCUAGGAAAGGAAACAGACAUUCUGCUUGUUUUCGUUAUUUAAGUGUCAUUUUGUAAAUGUAUGAAUUAUGUCUUUCUCUUACCUGUAUGACCAUAAAUUACACAGUACAGUUUACUCUCUUAGAAGGAAAAAAAAGAUUUGAGUUGGAUAUAAGUUAUAACUAUGAGAUACUAAUUUAUAAUUAUGAUAAAACAUUGAAAUCAGUCAAAAUUAUGAGAUACUAAGUCCUUGUAGAUAAAAAAAAAAAAGUUUAGUUUAAUUUUACAUAAUUAUGACUUAGUAUCUCAUCAUUUUGACUCUGAUGUCAUAAUUCAGAUUUACCAAAGCAUUCUUUUAUUAUGUGGCUUCUAUACAUCAAUGGUAAACUUUUGUAAGACAUCAAAAAGGUAAAUAAACGGCCAUUAGUUAUUAGAUAUAAAAAUCACACCCACUAACAUAUUUAAUGUUCUAAAAGGAUAAAUAUAAUAUGUAAUGGUGAUGCAACUUUCAGUUUGCUGACUUAAUUCAUCUCAACCUGCUGGCACCCAGUUUCUAGAAGGUUUGUUAGGUGGGAGUAGCCCACAAACCCCCCCAAAACCAGACGGGCAUCCUCUGCCCCUUAAAUUAUUAUUUUUUGUUAUCCCACUGGACUUAACUAUAUUUACUAACUAAUCAUUUAUAAAAUGCACAUACAAAAUACAUAUAAAAGACAAUCAAACAAGUAAAGCUUUAAAAAUUUAAAUUAGUUAAGUUUAAGAAUAAAAGGUGUAAUUUAAAAGCUGGCUGGCUGAAAUGAAAAUCUUGCAUAAACUAGUAUAAAAAUGAUGCAUAAAAUUGUUAAUUUAAAUUCAAGAUAAAAAUAACCAUUAGAGAUGAGAAACUUGGACAUCAAAUACAUAAAAUAACCUUCUAAGAUCACUUUAUUUUUCAUACGUUUUUUGCGCUCUGCAAAAGUGAAAGAUUGGGAAACAUCACUUUAUAAGUCAGACUCAAACCUAUAUCACUCACAUGGGCACCAAGACUUCAAUGUGCCAAGCAUGUAUGCAAACCGCUGGACCAGACACUUUUAUCCAAAUAUCCUGUGUUGAAUUCAAGGUACACGUAUUAUCAGUUCAUGCCUUCCCUGGGAAUCAAACCCACAACCUUAAAACAGUUAAAGGUCCACUGUUUCAGCUAGGGACUUUCAGACUUCAGAAAGAGUUCCUGAAACUUGUACUGCACUGCACUGUAUGCACAAUCCAUACCUCAGCAUAUACUAUGCACAACUUCAUUUACUUCUUAAACAUGGUUUUAAGAUUUCUGAGGUUCAGAUUCAGAGUGACUGAUAUUUGAAGGGGAAUUUGUGGCUAUUCUCAAAGGCGUCACUUACUUCAGAGCAUCUCAUCUCUGAUAGGAAACCUUCAUAGAAAAGUAGCCCACAGAAAAAAAAAAAAAAACCAAUAAUAUUUUUUUUUUAAGUGCAUCCACUGCCACCUUCAUACGUUGCUUUUUUACAUUGUGCACCUAUAUAAACACCCGGCCCCUUUCUGAUCAUCAACACUCACCUGCUGACUAGCAUCAGGUCACAACCUGUGUUUAAAUUUGCUUGGUUCACAGCACUGAAACACAAACACAAAGAAUGGAUACUUGGCUCAACAUGGUGCUGCUGUGUGGACUUCUGUUAAUAGCAUCUCUUCAGACAACCGAUGCGUUUAGAUUUCCAAAGUCCAAAAGAGAGAAGACCAAUUUGGAGACAAAUAUCAGCUCUCUGCAAGAACAAUAUAAUGGCACAGAAGGGGUUUCAAAGUCUGUUUUUGCUUCUCAUCUGUACCAGCUGAAUUCCAAGGCUUCCUGCACUUGUAAUUCACUGUUGCUCGAAAGAAUGCUGAACAUCUACGAAGAACUUUUCCAAAACAUGAAGUCUGAGGAGAAAGAAGUGAAAAACAAUCUAAAAAAUGUAAUGACUGAGGUGAAAAAUCUAAGACACCAGUACAGUGAGGAACAUAAAGUAUGGAGAGAGCUUCAGGAAAUAAACUCAGUCAAGGUGAAGAAUGGAACAACCAGAGGAGGAGCAUUAAAUGACUUUCUCAAGGUGUUUGAUUGGGCAUAUAGAGAAAAACAGGUGCAAUGGAAGAUCCAAAAGUCUUUCAUUUAAUAAACUUGUACCCUACUACACCAUCCAUAACUUAUAAUCUAAUUUAUUCUCGUCACAAGAGUGUUUGCAUCAUUUACAGUGUACAGAAACGAUUUGCUUGAAAUAUUCUGUGAGCUUCACUGGCUAAAUGGUUAAUUACAGUAAAUUAAUUUUGCAUUCAUUUACGGCUUGACUUGUUCAAUUACAAACUUUACAUGUACACUGUAUAUGAUACACAAACGCACACAAAAUACAAAAAUGUUCAAAUAAAGGCUGGAAUACACUGAAGGGCUUUAGCACAGAUUUUUGGCCGAUGUGCUGUCAAAAGGAAUUGAGGCUAGUUGCUGAAAUUCAGAGUCAGAGUCAAAUUCAAGUCUUUGAAUUGUGUAGUGCAUGUACUCAACUCAACUCAAUUUUUAUUUGUAGAGCACUUACAAAACCAUAAAAAUGGACCAAAGUGCUGUCCAUAAAUGGUGGAUAAUUUAUAAAAUUAAUACAAGCAUAAAAAGAAAAACAUGCAAUCAAUUACUCACAGUUGACCUAAUCAAACUCCGAAAGGUCUUCAAGUUCUUUUUAAAAAUGCCUAUGCUUGAUGAGGAUUUAAUAGAAAACGGAAGCACAUUCCAGAGUGCAGGAGCCGCAACAGAAAAAGCGCAGUCUCCACUACGCCUCAAUCGAGACCGAGGGA